AAAAAUAAAAAAGCAAACAAAUAUUCUUUGAGUCAACUUGCACACAAACCGCCGUCCCGCUUCACACAGUUAGAUUACAACCUUCUCUUGGAUUUUUAUGCAGAAGCUUAUACCUCUGGUAAAUGGAAUCAUCUGUUGGCUGCUCUCUUGCAAUUUCAGAUCGCUUAUACCUCCUUGUUCUUCGUCCGAUCUUUGCCAUCUCUUUUGUACUUUUGCUACUUGUUCUGGGUUGGUUGUUGGCUUGGAAACUACUACUAGUUCACGUUCCUUUGGUUCAAGAAAUAUUUGGUCUUAAGAAGAAACCUUCUCUUCCCAAACCCUCUGACCGCCAUCGUUUUUCACGUUUUUACAAUAAACUUAACCUUCAUCGUAAUUCCAAAGUCUCUGCUUCUUAGUGACUGGUGGAUCCAAGAUUACUUUGAGGAAGUUCAUUAUCAGUAUUGUUGGAUAUUAGUAGGACUGUUUGAAAGGCAUUUCAUUAAAAUAA